AUGCGGUCCACUCUCCUCACCGGCCUCAUCGCCGGCCUACUCUCCCAACAAGCCGCCGCCCACGCCACCUUCCAAGCCCUUUGGGUCGACGGUGCCGAUUAUGGCUCGCAAUGCGCUCGCGUCCCUCCUUCCAACUCCCCCGUCACCGAUGUGACUAGCAAUGCCAUGAGGUGUAACGCGGGAACUUCGCCUGUUGCGAAGAAGUGCCCUGUCAAGGCGGGAAGCACGGUCACUGUUGAGAUGCACCAGUCAUACCUCCCCGUACCAAUGCUAACCUAUAAACAGCAAGCAAACGACCGCUCCUGUUCCUCCGAAGCCAUCGGUGGCGCUCACUACGGUCCCGUCCUCGUGUACAUGUCCAAGGUCUCCGACGCCGCCUCCGCCGACGGUUCCUCCGGCUGGUUCAAGAUCUUUGAGGACACCUGGGCCAAGAAGCCCUCCAGCUCCUCGGGCGACGAUGAUUUCUGGGGCGUCAAAGACCUCAACUCGUGCUGCGGCAAGAUGCAGGUCAAGAUCCCCUCGGACAUCCCCGCGGGUGACUAUCUCCUCCGUGCCGAGGUUAUCGCGCUCCAUACCGCCGCAAGCGCGGGAGGUGCCCAAUUGUACAUGACCUGCUACCAGAUAUCCGUUACCGGCGGUGGCUCCGCUACCCCGGCGACUGUCAGCUUUCCUGGUGCCUACAAGAGCUCCGACCCUGGGAUCCUGGUUGACAUCCACAGUGCCAUGAGCACCUACGUCGCCCCCGGACCGGCUGUGUACUCGGGCGGAAGCUCCAAGAAGGCCGGAAGCGGCUGCGUGGGCUGCGAGUCUACUUGCAAGGUUGGCUCCGGCCCAACUGGAACUGCUUCUGCCGUCCCUGUUGCAAGCACGUCGGCGGCUGCUGGUGGCGGAGGCGGUGGUGGGAGCGGUGGCUGCAGCGUUGCAAAGUAUCAGCAGUGUGGUGGAACCGGCUAUACCGGGUGCACAUCCUGCGCUUCCGGAUCCACCUGCAGCGCUGUCUCGCCUCCUUAUUACUACCAGUGUGUCUAA